AUGUCUAUUGACGACUGUCCAAUUUUGAUGGCUGAGGUCAGCCCCGAUCCCGUGAAAGCUGUAAACCCGCCACUCAUGCAAGUUAAGUCGAAGGAGAACAAAGAUGGCACUAUAGCAUUCUCAAAGGUAUGUGGAAAUUUCAGAAGGUCAUCGAUGUUGAAAAUCCAUGUUCUGCUGCAAUCAACACAGGGUUGCACCAAGAAAAGGUCACGGACCGGAGAUGAGGACUCAAAGGCUGUCAAAAGGAGGAAGGAGAACACAGGCGACGUUGAUGCGAGUGCGAACGAUGAUGAAGAUGAUGAUGCAGAAGAAGAAGAGAACGUGGUGUUGGAUGAAACAAGCGAGUUUGCACAGAACCUAAUGCGGCAAUGGGAAGCGCAGAUGGGGGACGCUGGGGAUCAGUCCAGUGACGACGACGGUGAGUACGACUUGUAUAGCGAUCUCACGUUUGGUGUGUGGUUGCUAAGCGAUGGUUCCAAGACAGAGAAUCAGAUCGAGCUAAUGGACGAGGAGAGUUUAGAAAACUGUCAACAAGUCAUCACAGAAGCUCUCGCAGAGCUAAAGCCCAAACGCAUUAAAUCUAGGACCACUCCGAAGGCAGGUGCGGCAGCAGCGGUGACUGCGAACAAGCACUUGCCAGCAGCGGACGAAGAGAUAUACUUGACAUUAAAACCAGCCGGGAAUAGCGUCGCCUUCGAGAAUGCGGAUGUGCAUGCGAAGCUUCUGGCGAUGAAUCUGCAAUACGCACAGGGCCAAUUCCUGUGCUUUGCCGAGAUCACAGAGGCCGAUGGAGGGGAAGACACAGACUGUAUAUUUAGUGUGGAUGUGAACUUGAAUGCCAAGAGCGGUGAGACGUCCGCUACACCCGAGCCAACACACAAACGCGAUUCUAUCAAGAUGGGAUUCUACCUACCACACAAUGUGGCGCCCAGAGAAGUAGUACAGUUACUAGUUAAGACCGCCACAACACUUCAACGGGAAGUCGGCGGAGUGAUACACAUGGAUCGAUAUAAGGACGACGAGGCUCUUGAGGCCGUUGUCAAACGCGUUGAUCGACUUUGUACUACAAUGGAGGAGGAGUUAGGCGUAUACCCUGGAACGAUGGACGCCCACUUCCUAUAUAAUUAGAUAAUAAACCUGAAGGU